AUGUUUCCUCAACUGAAGUCUCCCUUGGCAAACGUGCCCACGGACACAUUUGCUGGUGGUCAUGGCAAACCCCAGUACAGUAAUCCAGCAGAUACGGCACCAACGGCGGAUUGGGCUUUUAUUCGCGUCUGUGCGGGAGUGCCACCGACGACAACCAACAAAAUGCCGUUGGCUGCCGUCGACCGAAGCGUAAACAACAUACAUAGGGCUCUGAACUUGAAUAAACCCUGCGCCACCGGCGACACCAACUUGCCGGAUGAGUGCAUCCAAUUUCCCCGACUGGAAACCUCUGGGGGCAACCCCAGAGAAAUGAUAAUGGUGAUGGAAAGGAUGGAAGAGGAUAAAAAUUUCCACGGAGUGUCCCCGAUACUUGUGGAAAAAACAAUCCAAAGUUACUGUGGAAGCGGAACCAGCGCAAAGAAAACGAAGGAUGGAAAAAUUCUAGUGACGGUGAGGAACGAACACCAGGCAAAAAACCUGGCUAAAAUUGAAAAAUUGUGUGACGAAAUUACCGUCAAAGUGUACGAGCACAAAACUUUAAAUUCGAGCAAAGUAGUGAUAGUCUGCCGAGACUUGAAGGAAGUGAGUGACGACGAGCUUCUGGAAAACCUAUCCUCCCAAAGAGUUACGGAAGUCAAACAGUUGAUGAAAAUGCGCGACAAUGUUAAAACUCCGAUGGGAGUUUUCGUUCUUACGCUUAAAGGAAAAACACCCCCCAAAGAAGUUAAAAUUGGAUACACUGUGCUGGAAACAAGACCAUGGUAUCCAAAUCCGAUGCGUUGCUUUAAGUGCCUAAAGUUUGGCCACAUUGGAAGAAACUGUUCAAGUGAGAAAAAGUGCGGGAAAUGUGGAAAUAACUAUCAUGAAGAAUGUGAAAACCGAGAAAAGUGUAUAAAUUGUGGAAACGAGCACGGAGCGUUCUUUAAUGGAUGCCCCGUCUUAAAAAGAGAAAAGGAAAUAAUAAAAAUCAAAGUGGAUAAAAACUUGUCUUUCUGGGAAGCCAGAAAAAUGAUAGAAGAUCAAAGCUCGAAUACUUACGCCGACCAAGUGAAACAACUAAACGAAGAAAAGAAAACCCUUGAAGAAAAGAUCAGAGCUGACAUAAAAAAUCAGUUCGAAGUGAAGCUGAAGGAAUACAAAGAAGAAAUCAAAAAAGUCACAAAUGAAAACGAGAAAAAGAUGGAAUCCAUGGAGGAAAAAUACAAAGCACUGAACCACAAAUUCGAACAUCUGGUAUCAGUCUACAAAGAGGAGAAAACAAGAAGAAAAGCAGCCGAGAACGAACUUGAAAGUCUGAAAAAAGACAACAGUAAACUACAAGCAACAUUGAAUUUGUACGCACCCUCCCAUAGCGGACAGAAGAACCCAACUAAGCACACAAGAAGUCAAGAGAAGCAGCCAAGUUCACCUCCAAGGAAAAAAGGAAACAAAAUGAAAGCAGUUACCGAAGAAGUAGGAUAUAUUUCCACAGACCCAGAAAAUAACUCAGAUGACGGAAACGAGAAAAUGAAAUCCUAGAAAAUAAUAGCAAAACCAAAAAUCAUUACAAAAUAGCACAAACAACACAAGACCACUCAAGUACAAUCAGCAGUGAACACCAUAUAAUUUCAUGGAAUGUAAGAGGCUUAAGAGGAAGAAGGCCUGACCUCAACAUCCUUGCAAGCACUUACAAUACAUUAGCUAUUUGCCUUCAAGAAACUAUGUGCCAAAAUGACAACCAAUCAGAAAUCAGAGGAUAUUCAAUAUACCAUCGUCCAAGAACAAAUGG